AUGGAGGAACAUUUCCCGUCCAUGAUAAGAAAGCAAUGCGAGGUGUGCAAAAAGACGGAUGGUUUAUCGCGGUGCGGGGGGUGCUACACCUACUACUACUGCGGCCGCGAACACCAAACAUCUGACCGCCCAACUCACAAGACGACAUGCAAUACUAUCAAAGGCACUAAGACCAGGCUCGAUGAAGAGGAGGCCAAGAUACUUGCACGGUCCGCCGGCGACGAUGAACUGCCAGCAAACGCCAUGGAGUUGGGCAGGCUAUGGCUUUUCCAAUCGGCGCGGCCGUACUUGCGAGCCCUAUAUGAACACGGCGAGAUGCUCGUCCGUUCCUGGAGACAACAGGGGAUCGAGGAUGCUCUGGCGGUCUAUCUCAAGCUCUUGCGGUUGAACACAUCCGAUAACCAAGCAGCACGCCAUCUCAUUCCCGCCCUCUACAUUCGGCUCGGUCGUAACCAGGAGGCCUACGACUUCGUGAAGGGAUGGGGGCUCCAGUUCCGAGGUAGGCCCGAGGCCAAAGAUCUCGAGCCCAAUCAGGGGUAUCCCCACGUCAAGGACGCCGAUGCCACCGAAGAAGUCGAGCUCUGGACCGGCGGCAGGUUCCUGGACCUCUCAUUCGUAUCGAGCCUGCAGCUAAUCAAGGUGCGCCUGCUGUUGGGUCUGCAACACCUACUCCAGGCCCGCGCCGGCCUUCCCGAGGGCGCGCCCAUGCCAUCCGCCCGGGAGGUCCUCGCGGAAGUCCGCGGCAAGUACGGCGAGGACAUUUUGGAUCGCAUGCCCGAAGUGUUCGCCGACGAGGCCUCGAUCGUCAAGAAGCAGGGGGAGCUCAACGAGCAACUCAAGGAGCUGUUCACCGCCGUCGACAAGUACAACAAGCACUUCUGGCCCAUGAUGCUCCAGCCCGAGGAGCGCGACUUCACGACCGGGUCCCAGAUGUACACGCAUGGAUCGCGCGAGGAGGCCCACCUCGCCUUCUCGCAGACGUACUCUGCCUGGUGCGAGACCCCGAUGGCCAUCGGGAUGAUCCGUGCUGCGGUGAGUGCGGCAGCUACCUAA